AUGGGGCGUGACGAAAAUGAGAACGAGAUUGAAACAGAUACAGACGAUGACGAAUUAGUUACUGAAAGUGAUGAAACUAUUUCGACAGAAAAGAGUUCCAAAAAUAUCAGUACUUCUACGGCUGAACUAUUUUGUCUGCCGAAAUGUCUGUCGAAGAACUGGCUCAAAUUCUCUUUUUUAUUGCUUAACAGCAUAGUUCUUCUCACAGGUGUAACGGCGAUAACAAUAGCUAUCUGGAUGUUGACUGAUGCAAACUUUACAUCUAGACUGCUCAGCCAACAGCUUUUCAUGACUAUUAUAUUAAUUCUAGGAGUGUUUGUGUCUCUUGUAGCUUUUACUGGAAUUAUAGGAAUCACAAAGAAAAAAAAUCAUUUUAUGAUUUUUUACUUAAUAUGCCAAUCGAUCGCUCUCUGUACUGUAUUUAUAUGUCUGACAAUGAGUUUUCCGUUUUUCGAUAUGAUUACAAAAAAAAUUCGAGAUGACAUGAACAACUCUAUGGAAAAUUAUCAAUCUUUAGAUUGGACUAUGAAAGCAUGGGAUAAUACUCAUAGAUAUUUAAAAUGCUGUGGAAUUAAAUCAUCCAAAGACUGGUUAGAUCAUCAAAUAAGCAUUCCACAAAGUUGCUGUUCUGUAUCUCUUGAACAGUGCCUGCACAUGACAGAGAAUGUGUCUUAUAAAUCUGGAUGCUUAAAAGAAGCUUAUAUGCUAUUAAAAUCGUAUGUUCAGACUGCCUCUAUUUCAACGCUUGUCAUAUUUCCACUUUUGUUAAUCAGCGUGCUUUUAGCGUUUGAUUUACGAAAAAGACUGAAGACAAGUCAAUUAAUAACGGACGAAGCGAUAUAUUUAUGA